GUGAAAAUAAGAUCAACCUCUAUCUACAAUUUGUAUCUUCUCGGUAGCGGACGUAGUGGUCAUGCGCGGAGGCGGUGUGCCCCCGUUUUUCGGAACGCCUGCCUUCCGUCCCGCUGUCACACGCUGUUUACGGAGCGUAUGCGGGAGGUGACGGCUAACGGUGCUUUUCUCCCUAAAAUUCGUAAACGCCGACGAGACGAGAGUUGACGUGUACGGCCCGCUCCUGCCCGCGAGGGAGACCGCAACGAGCACCGUCGCGGCCGAGACCGCGCGAGCUCGCGAUCGAGCGCGAUGCCUCGUGCGACCGACGCCGCCGGACCGAACGCGUCGCGGUGAUCCAAUUCUGGGACAUGUGCCUCGCGAACGCUCGCGGACGGCACGCUCCGUGAGCUAGCUGGUCGAUACUCGCCGAUAACGUAACUUCACUUCACUCGUGCGCAACGUGCCUCGAACGAAGGAUGGCCAGCCGGGACCCGUCGGUCUCCUCCAAACUCGCGGACGACCACAGCGUCGAGACGUUGGCGGAGGUCUUCCGAUGUUUUAUUUGUAUGGAAAAGCUGAGAGAUGCGCAUCUCUGCCCGCACUGCAGCAAAUUGUGUUGUUACACCUGCAUUAGAAGGUGGCUGACGGAGCAGCGUUCCCAGUGCCCUCACUGCCGGGCCUCUCUCCACUUACACGAACUGGUGAAUUGUCGUUGGGUCGAGGAGGUCACCCAGCAGCUCGAUACACUGCAAGCUGUUUGCAUAUCUAACUUUCGGCACGACGAUUCCAACAGAGACAGAUGUGCGGCGCAUCAGGAGAAGUUAUCUGUGUACUGCUGGACCUGCCGCAAAUGUAUUUGUCACCAGUGCGCCCUGUGGGGAGGCACCCACUCGGGACACACGUUUAAGCCUUUAGAAGACGUGUACGAGCAACAUGUUACCCAGAUAAAAGCGGAAGUAGGUCAGUUAAAUAGGCGGCUCAUGGAAUUGAUCAGCCUUGUUCAAGAAGUGGAGAGAAACGUCGAGUCGGUGAGAGCGGCGAAGGACGAGAGGGUCAGGGAGAUCAGAAACGCGAUAGAAUUAAUGAUAGCUCGCCUGGAUUCUCAGCUGAAAGCCAAGCUGCUGACCCUGAUGGGUCAGAAGAAUUCGUUGACCCUGGAAACCGAGCAGCUGGAGGCUCUGUUACAAGAAGUGGAGUAUCAGUUGCAUACGUGCACGCGCUCCGAAUUGAUUGUUAAAAGCGCCGAGCUCUCUCGCAAGAUACACCAAGUUCGCAAAAAACCGAUGACGAGUUUCGUUACCGCGCCAGUACCUGCCGAUUUUCAUAGUGAAAUUGUGCCGGGCUACGACAGUGCCACAUUUGCCAUGCAAAACUUCACUCAACUUCAACUUAAAGCUGACCCGGUAUAUUCUGCGCCUUUGCACGUGAAUGGGCUGUGCUGGCGUUUGAAAGUAUAUCCGGAUGGCAACGGAGUUGUACGCGGAAAUUAUUUGUCAGUAUUUUUGGAGCUCAGCGCUGGACUGCCAGAGACCUCAAAAUACGAAUACAGAGUUGAAAUGAUCCAUCAAGGCUCCCGCGAUACGAGUAAAAAUAUCGUUCGUGAAUUUGCAUCAGAUUUCGAGAUUGGCGAAUGUUGGGGAUAUAACAGAUUCUUUCGGCUAGACUUACUCGCGACAGAAGGUUACUUAAAUACAGAAUUGGAUACCCUUAUAUUGAGAUUCCAAGUACGACCACCGACAUUUUAUCAACGCUGCAGAGACCAACAAUGGUACAUUAGCCAAUUAUUGACAGUCCAAAAUCAAUAUAUCACUCAGAUUAACGAAUUGAAGGAGAGACUAGCGAUAGAAAUUUCUCGUAAUGCGAUGGCGGCUACCAGAGCCACUAGUGGCACUGCGGUGUGCGGAGCAACUGUGAAUGCAUCGCCUUUAUCUCCGCAGCAACAACAGGAUGUAGGCGAUGCUAUGACCAGUUCGAAUACACGAACGAUCGACGCGUAUCCCACUACGAAUGGAACACCAGUGAGAUCGAUACCGACUACGCUUCCUAGUAAUAUUGGCAACUCAACGAUACCGGGGGAUCAAUUGCUGUCGAUGUGCGAUCUGGGCGAGCUCUCGAGUAUGCACACCCUCGGCUCUACGUCGACAUUGUCAUCGAAGACGUUGAAGACGCACCGUGCCAACAGCAAUCUGAACAUUAUCGAGGCCGAGAGUUCCUCAUCGCCACGCCGUGUCAACGACAUGGCGCUCGGGGAACGUCAAGCCGUGGGGAUUCACCUGGCUUCUUCGCCGUAUUCGUCGCCCAAUGUGCUCAGUCAGAAGCCGCUGAAUCUGUUAUCCAAUAAUAGCGCCAGCGAUCCUCUGCUGUCUGCAUCGACGUUAUCGUCGAUGACCAGUAGCGCGCAUCGAGCCAACGGCUCAAACGUCGCGGAGGGCGUAGCUGCGCAACGUUGCGCCAAUAACGCGUCUCCGGGAGAGUGCCAGACUGCCAACACCGGCGUCCGUUCCCCGUCGUCAUUCUAUUGUCAUUUGUCGCCGACGUUGAAUCUCUCGUCCAGCAGCAGCAGCAGCAGCGACAGUGGAGAAUUGAGCGAACACGACAUUUAUAUGGACGAGUGCGAACGCAACGAACCCAACAUCACGCUCUUGGAUUUGACGAAUGACGAAAAUGACGUGGAUGACGAGACGAUGUCGGGGGAGAACGACGUUGACGUUGCAAAAUCUCUUGCAUCGUGGGUUCAAAACAAGCAGCGUACUAAGCAACAAAACAAUAGGGAUACCGUCACAGAUACAUGCAGGUUGAGGGAAAUUAUGCUGCUGCACUUGUUCGAGAUGCAGGAUAAAAAUUCAGCAUGGAACUCUUUGUGUCUUGGUCAACAAGACGGGGGUUGCGAUUCCAGGAGCCCGCUCGCGAGUCUACGACGUCGCAGCUCCAGUCCGUUGCACUGCAGCACUUCGAUGCAAUCUACCGCGACGGCGAUGUAUUCGCACAAGCACCCUGAGCUCGACACUUCCGUUUGCAACGAUUUAAAUUUAAGUACCGACAACAAGCAUUCUAACUGCGCUUUUCACUAUUCUCAGCCGCAGGCGCUAUGCGGCGCUAAGGCCAAAUUGAACCGACUGCCAGGCAUCUGCCAAUCGGAGCUAGCUGCGACAAUGGCUUCUGGUGGUCAAAUAACCAGAUCCGAACCAGCGACGCGUUCCAAUUCAAUAGACUGCGAAAAUGAUAUUCCAAAGCUGCCAGUAGCUAAUAAAAUCAGUCGCGACGUGGAGUCGUCUAGACUGCGUCUAGAUCUGAUAGUGCCAAACGUACUCCUAGACAGUAACAAAAUCAUGUCGAAGCAUUUACUAUCUCGGCGCCAAUCGUCACCGAGCUCGUCCACUAGCAUGAAUUUAAUAAAUGACAGUAGCAAGAUAUUCGAGUUUGACCAGUUACUCGAAGCCAUUCAAUUGUCGCCGAGCUCGCAGAAAGAUGCGACUGCUUGUGGCGCAAAAUCAAGAAAGAGUACUUUGUCCGAUGCAAAGAACAACGCUUGCACUGCCAGUGGAAGUUCCGUUCCACUGUCGUUGGCGCAAGAGAGUACGUCAACGUCUACAAACACUGCUAUAGCGGAAAACACUAUCCCUAGUCCUAACAGUUACAGCUGGUCACCGGCAUUGUAUCAGCACAUACACGGGCAAAAAGCUGUUUUAGACAUAGCUGUACAAGGCUCUUCAAAUAAUACUCCUAGUAAGGCUGUCGACAAGUCCACAGAGGAAGCCGCCAGUUUGCCGUAAUAAUUUAAUUAUAACAUAGCAGCUCUGUGAUUUCCAUUUCGUCAAAUGUUGAUCAUAAUCGCGAGGUCGCGAAAGAAAGGAAUAAUUAUUCCGUCAAGUAGGAUUCUGGGAUGCAUGCACAUUUAUAUUGCACGUUUGAUUCUUCUCGUUUCCCGAAAAUCGACGAGAUAUCUCCGAGAUCUGUCACGUAUUACAUAGUACAAAAUAUACAUGUAAUUGCUCUGUCUUAGUUGCUGCAUAUGUGAAAUUUAUCGUAUUCAAAGUUGCAUUCCAAGAAGUACGUAGGCUAGAUGGUUUUAGAAUAGAUUAUUUAAUAAUUAUAAUAAUUAUUUAUUUCCCACAUGUGAGUUAGACGUCCGGAGAGAACAAUAAAUAAAGAUUAUUUAUA